CAUGAUUUCAUUCUAAAAUUUUCCUUAAACAAGUCAUAUCUAUAUAAACUCGCGAGCUUUGGUCUGAACACGCAGUAACAGGUUGGACUUAGAACAUGUUCACUAAAUGUAUAGUUCUUGCCUUAGUGGCAGUGGCCUCAUGCCAUGAUCUAGCUAUAGGAUUCAAUACAAAUGGAAAGAAAAUAUUUGAAGAAACAAAACAAGCCAACCCUGCGAUUUGGAGACAGGCGAAUAACGUAACUGUGACAGCCAGCGACAAUGAAGUGAUAAGUCGUGUCGUUGUAAAAGAUCUGAGGCCAGAAAAGGAUGGAGAUGUGAAAAUAGUAGAAGGAGGCGAAGGACAGAAGAAUGUUACCAUUGAACUCAAAAGUCCAACUGCUUUACGAGGAUAUGAUUUCCAGAUUGAAGUAUAUGCCGUUCCAGAUAUCAAAAAGGAUAUUAAUUUAAAAGAUGGACCCCCGAAUACAAAUGAUAAAAAAUCAAUACCUUCGGAAAACACAGAAUCUAAAAACACCCCUACAAUUGUCUCAAAAGAUGAAACUGCGAGGUCAGCGCGCAACUCAAUGAAAGACACUGAAGUGAGUUCAACAGUGGUACCAGAAGAUUGUGUAACAGAUGUACCCGUCGAAGAUUUUAAUAAAGAAAACAUGAAGAUAUCAAAAGACGCUCAGGAUCAUGAAACAGUAGAAUUUGUUUUAGACACGAAUGAUUCUGCUAAGGAAGCCUUAAAAGCUGAAAGUAUGACUGUAGACCUACCGAUUGAAGUAAACGAGAAUGAUAGAGAUAUUUUUACAAGCACAACAGAAAGCGAUGAAACUACUACUAUUUUUGAAACAACCACAUUACCUGACAAUAAUAAAUAUGAUAAAGAGCCAAUGAGUGAUGACGGUCCGAGGUGGAAUUGGCAAAGUGUUAAAGAUUUCAAGCCCAUACUUGAAAUGAAAGAAAACACUACAGAACAAACCGAUAAAAAUAAGUUUUAGUACUUUUUAUGUUUGCUGUGAUAAUUUUAUUUGUAUUAACAGUAUAUUUAAUUAUGCAAAUUAGCGCCCCUGUACAAUAUUAUAUAGACAAAAGGCAAACUCAGGCUGCCAACUUGAACACUAUUUAAAGUAAGAUUUGCUAUAAUAAAAGCGUAACUUUUUACCAUCCUUUAAGAACUAUAUGAAAUGUAAUAUUAAAACUAUGUAAUAUUCCCAGUGUUCUGAUUGAUAGAAAUUUUAAUUAUAUAAUUUAAAAGUGCCUAUUAAAGUGUUAAAUAUGGGUCAAAUAAUACAAGUUGUUGUUA